ACAUUGUUGUCUGGAAAACGCACCGAUGUCACUUCGACAUCAUCCCAGGACAGUGCAACAGCGGUCCGUACGGAGAUGACCGGAGAUUGCCCUGGCGUAUGGUGCACUGGCGGGGAAUAGAAGUGGUUGCUCAGAACCAAGUCUAUGUGAUUGGGCAGAGCUAAGUGUACGACAAGACUUAGAUAAGCCGCAGGGUGGGAGAAUGGGAGAUAACGUAAAGGACGUCUCGCAUUGGGUCUCGCUUCUCGGCAAGGAGCAGAAAAUAUGUAAUAUUGAUAGCAGGAAGUCGAAAACCACCAGGUUGGACGUGUCCGAGGACGGCUCACCUGCCAAAACACAGAACAAGGCGCUAUUAUGUGACGUGUCUGUAACGCUUGGGAACAGACGACCGACACCGGACCAGGCAGAGGAAGGGCGCGGCCAACACAGCCAGAGUUUUACACAGCGGAUAGGGCGCAGCGAUUUGGAUACGGAGAAUGCAUCAGACAUUAAAAGGUCACCACUCAAUGAUAAGUCAGUGGAAUGGCGACAGACGACUAGAUACGCGGUUCUGCACCAGACCACUUCCAGGGCAGGUAGUACAGGUAUAAGUAUCCCACUGCCGAGAAAAUCGACUGCCGCUACGGUAGAUUGGUUGGAGGACUUGACGUUGUCGUUGAAGAAGGAAAACGGGACUUCCAUGGAAAAGGGAAGUGAGCCUUUACAGACGCAAAACAUGUCUGACCAAACAAACAUUAGCACGACGCCGCACGUGAAUUGUCAGGUUGCUACGACAGGUGAAAGUAAACGUACUUUGGAAGAGACUAUGGACGGCAAACAACAGGGGGAAAGAACAAACGUCGACCAGAAUGUCCCCGAGGUCAUUUUGGCGUUCACAGAGUUUAAGGAAAGGGGUGCACGACUAGAAAAACAGCUGCGGUGGCUUAGACAAGAAAUUAUGGACCUGAAAGAGCAAGACCAAUCACUGAUGAGGCAGUUCCUGGACUUGCGCAGUAGCAUUCAUCAACUGAUUGAAGAGAGUUUGAAGGUUCCGAAGAACUCCGCGUCCCUCCUGUCGCUGUCGUCCCAGCCGGACCUGCGGGAGAGCUGCCUGUCACUGGACGAGGCGUACGGCUCCUCCUCACCAGUCUGGCCUAAUCUAAGUAACGAGGAGGACUACCUGCCGCCCUACCGGCCCCGGUCAGCUACAGGCCCAAGCGCCCUGGGCUGGACACCGCCCCUGUCGCGCCUCAGGCUCAGCCGGGAGGAGAGCGGGGAGCGGGAGUCCUUCUUCUAACCGUGCCACACGACUGCCGGGGUUGUCCUGGUUCUGCCUGUGGUGAAAGUAAUAGCGGACAGCUUGCCAGGUUUAUAAACACCACCAUGUCACCGUUCUGACGGCUUGGCAGCAAAUAAAGAGAAGACUUAUUGGUACGCCCUAUACCACUCAGCUGUCGUCCUGGCAACAUUGAUUGAGCCGUAUUGAACGACGUAGGUGGGUGCAUGAGGAGAAAGUGUAAAUAAGUGCAUUUGCAUUAAUCUGCCGUUAAUAACGUUCACAUUCUGAGACAAUAUAUCAUGGCGAGCAACACAAUUCACAAGUAAGAGCUACCUCUACCUGUUAGCUACUUAUGGGGCAAACUUACAAGCACCAUUAUGUAUAUAUCAACUUGUGUAU